AUGGCGGACGUCAAGGACAUCCUCGGGGUGCCCCGAGACGCGGGCUUUGACGGCGCCGUCAAGAAGGAGAAACCGACGGGACCCACGCGGCCGAAGGGCAUGUCGCGGGAGGCCUUUGCAUUGCUGGAUGGUAGCCACCCCAUCAUUCCCUCGCAACUCCUGGGGGUCAAGAAAAACAAAGGCCUGAAGGACAAGCGGAAGGGCCAGAAGGGACAGUCAAAGUGGGCGUGGGAGCCUUUCAAGAACAGUGCGCGCUCGGAUGGCCUCCAGCUUUGUCGGUGGCAGCAGCGAGUCUAUGACGCCCAGAAGAACUUGGUGAAGGACGUCCCGGACGACUACUUCUACGCCAAGUUCAACAAGAGCGUCGAGGUCGUGCAGUAUAAUGACGAAGAAUACAACUCCCUGCUUCAGGACCCGGACUGGACAAGGGAGGAGACGGACCAUCUCCUUGAGCUGUGUAGACAAUUUGGAUUGCGCUUCGUGGUGGUUGCCGACCGCUGGGGACUCCAGAGGGCGCGCACCGUGGAGGAUCUGAAAGCCCGGUACUACGGGGUGGCGCGUGCCCUCAUCGUGGCGCGCCAGGGCGACGACGGGGCGACGAACCAGCAGCUGGUCCGCAACCCGUUCAACGUCCAGCACGAGAUCGAGCGGAAACGCGCCCUCGAGGUGCUGUACCAGCGCACGGCGCGGGAGGCGCGGGAGGAGGACGAGCUGCUGAAGAAGGCCAAGGACAUCGAGGACCGGCGGCGCGCGGAGCUGCUGUCGCAGUCGCAGCUGGACUCCGCGGCGGGGGCGGGGAACGUGAAGAUCAUCACGGAGCUGUUCGUGCCGGAGGGGCAGUGCUCGCUGGUCAGCCCGUCGCUGGACUUCAACUGGGUGCCGCCGGGGUCGUACCUGCGCGGCGCGUACACGGCCGGGCUGGCGGGGAAGAUGAAGGCCGGGCUGACGGGGGGCGCGCGGGUGCAGAAGAUGAUGGAGCAGUACAUGAACGACCUGGGCAUCAACACGGGCGUCAAGUACCCGACGCGGGAGGUGUGCGCGAACUACGUCGCGCUCAUCCGGGAAAUCACGCAGGUGCUCGAGGCGAAGCGCAGGGCGCCGCAGCAGAGCCUUGCGCAGCAGCAGAGCAGCAUCCGGAGAAGCGCGCGGGCGCAGGGGGGCGACACGUGA